AUGGCCAAUGCCGACGAUUUUUGUCAAUAUGCAAGAUUAGGCCAAACGGUUAAAAUUCAAAAAUCUUUACAAUCACAUAGUAUUGACAUCAAUGCACUUAAUUUAUAUGGUGAAUCAGCAUUAUCAACAGCUACAUAUUACAAUCAAGUUCUUUGUGUUGAAUAUCUCUUAGCAAAUAAAGCCGAUCCAAAAUUACGUCUUUCGGCUGGACAUACAGCAAUUCACAUAGCUUGUCGAUUGGGUAAUGUUCCGAUUUUACAUAUGUUAUUAUCGAUCAAAAAAAAUGACGAUGCAGAUGUUAAAGACGAACAACAACGAGAAGAUAAACAUGUUUAUGAAUGUCUGAAAAUGAAAGAUGCUUCGAAUUUAACACCUAUUCAUUGGGCAGCAACACAGGAAUCUGUAUCAAAACGACAAAAAAUGUUUGCUUAUCUCGAUAAACGAAUGCCCGGCGUACUCGAUAGUCGAUAUAAUCUUGAUUGGUUUAAUUCAUGGACAAAAUCACAUGAAUGGGUGCUGGAACGGAAAACUAAUAUUCCUUUAAUUCAAAUUUCACCUAAAUUCACAAAUCCCGAUCAUACUUAUCAACAAGACGAAUCAUCUGAAAUAACUUCACUGGAUAUGACUCCUAAAGUAUUCAUAAAUAAUUAUGAACGUACUCCGCGAGUACCAUUAACAGCAACAACAAACAAUCAAAAAUCAUCGAAAUUACGCGUUCCACAUGUUCAAACUGAACAAUCUUCACGGACAACUAAUCUACCGCCCACACCCAUGACUAGUUGCAAAGUAACAGUCACUUCAGUAUAUCACAUCCCUAAACGUGAACAAAAACAUCUAAUACCACCGAAAAUAAUCGAACCUCGUGAUACGCCACUCUCAUCACAGAAGGUGCCAACAGAAUUAAAUCAUAUUAAUGAUCAUUCAUUACAUCCACAUUCUGAACGUUUUACUUAUCGUGCUCGUCGAGUUCCAAUUGAGCCGACAAUUGAAUUUCCUCCACCACCACCAAUAACAACCGAUAUGGACGAUACUGAAAAUGGAACCAAUCAAGAACAUGAUUAUGAAGAUGUCAAUUCGCCGUCAUCAAGUAAACGUCCAUCUCAUAAUCUUCUUUCCAAUAUAGUUCCAUCGAUAGCAACUCCUUCAACUGAUCAAAGUAGUCAACAAUCAACUAAACACAUAGCUUCAUCAUUUGGUUUUGACACGUGCAUUGAACCAAAUCAUAUUGUUGAUACAACAAUACAUUCGAAUACUGAUACAUACGCACAAAACGAUGAACAAGUCGAAAUUGAAUCAACAUCAUCCGACGAUGACGAUGGUAAAAGUAAUCAAGUAGAUUACUUAUGCAAAUCAACUUCAACGUUAGCCAUAGCCUCACCCGGUGCACAUACUUAUUAUUCAUAA